UAAAACUGCGAGUGUUAUGAUAGCGGCGCUCAAAAAUCACUUCUCGACCGUAGGGCUGCAGCUCCUUCCAGACUUCGAACCUUUCAACUCCCGAGGCGACCUCGAGCACGCGUGGGACCAGCGGGUCGUGUGCAAAGAUGGGACAGUGCGCGCAGGACACGCGGAAAAGCUGGCGUAACGCGGUCUUCUCCAACAUUAAGGUCUUUGUAUUUUGUCAUGGCCUUCUUCAGCUGUCUCAGCUUCUCUACAGUUCCUAUAUCAAGAGCACUAUCACUACCAUUGAGAAGCGAUUUGAGUUGAGCAGCUUUUCUUCUGGUUUUAUAUCGAGCCUUCAUGAGGUUGGGAAUGCAGCACUCAUUGUGUUUGUGAGUUAUUUCGGCAGCCAUGUACAUCGGCCACGAAUAAUUGGAAUUGGUGGACUCAUUAUGUCAGCAAGUGCUCUUUUACUGACUUUACCACAUUUUUUGUCUGAGCCAUAUCAAUAUUCUUCCAGUCCUUUUGGCAACAGUAGCAAGUCACAUGAACUUUGUCAGUGGCGGAACAACAUUUCCAUUUCCUUGGCUACCCAGGCAAAGUGUGACCAGCAACUAUCUCAGAAGGUUAAGGAGACAAAUAGUCUUUGGAUGCUAAUGGCAACUGCUCAAUUGCUUGCUGGUGUUGGCUCUGUUCCCAUCCAGCCCUUUGGAAUUUCUUAUGUGGAUGACUUUGCAGAGCCAAGAAAUUCAGCAUUAUACAUUGCUAUGCUGUUCGCUGUAUCAGUUUUUGGACCCUCCAUUGGCUACCUGAUGGGCUCUGGAAUGCUGAGGAUCUACGUGGACGUGGGUAGAAUGACGCCAGGAUUGCCAGUUUUAACCCCCAGAGACCCUCGCUGGAUUGGAGCUUGGUGGAUGGGCUUGCUGAUAUCAUCUGGGUUUCUUGCCAUUACCUCACUUCCAUAUUUCUUUUUCCCUCGAACGAUCAGUAAAGACAAUGACACAUUGCCAGGUGAUAAUGAAAAUGCCAUACUUAAAGACACUUUAAAGAGAGAUGAAUCUUCUUUGUUGAACUUCAUUCGCAAAUUCCCACGCGUAUUUGUGAAGCUGCUGUUGAAUCCUUUCUUUAUGCUUUUGGUCCUGACUCAGUGUUGCUUCUCUUCUGUAAUUGCUGCACUGGCCACAUUUCUCAGUAAAUUUCUCGAGAAACAAUAUGGUGCUACCGCUUCGUAUGCCAAUCUAUUGAUGGGUGCCUUUAACCUACCAGCUGCUGCUAUAGGAAUGCUUCUAGGAGGAAUCAUUAUGAAGCGAAUGGCACUAUCUCUCAAAAUCAUCCCUAGAUUUUCUGUGGUUGUUUUGUUCAUCUCUUUUCUGCUAUGCCUCCCUCUCUUUUUCAUGGGCUGCCCCACACAGAGGAUUGCAGGGAUUUAUCCCAGUCAGGACCAAAAUAAACAUCCUAUUGACAGGAAUUUACAAGGAUUGUGUAAUGUCGGUUGUGGCUGUUCUAAUCGCACCUUUAACCCUGUCUGUGGUUCUGAUAACAUAGAGUACUUAUCUCCUUGCCACGCUGGCUGUACAAACCACACUGAUAUAACUUCUCGAGGAUCUGUGACAUAUACCAACUGUAAAUGCAUUGGUAAAGGAGAGUCAGGAUCAGCUCGUUCAGGCUCAUGCCUCACGGAAUGUUCUGAGUUUCUUCUGCCUGUCAUAGUUAUUAUCUCCUUGGCAAGUCUUGUGGCCAGCCUCUCACACAAUCCUAUUUAUAUGAUGGUUUUAAGGAUGGUAGCAAGUGAAGAAAAAUCGUUUGCCAUAGGAGUCCAGUUCUUGCUUAUGAGAGUACUCGCAUGGCUGCCAGCUCCAGCAGUAUUUGGGAAAGUGAUAGACACAUCUUGCAUCAGAUGGAGUUCAUUUUGCACAGGGAGGACAGGUGCUUGUAUUUAUUAUGACAACGAUAUCCUAAGGAACAGAUACCUUGGGGUCCAGAUUGGCUAUAAACUCUUGGGUAUUUUUCUGCUGAUUAUCUUCAGUUGGAAAAUGAAAAGAACCGAUGAGUAUAACUUUCCAACUAAAGCUGACUUCUGAAAGUUUGCCAAAGCGGAUGACUGCUCUCAACAAAGCCUUUUCUUGCCAUAUUAAUGGAGGAUUCAUCUAUCAUCAGAUGAAGGUUUUGCUAUUCACUGUUGGCAACACCUGCAGAGAUAUGAAAGGACUCCAUUGCUGUAAGAUGCUCAUUGAUGGAAACACCACAUAAGGGCAGAGAGAAGAAGACUGUACUCAUAUCUUCUCAGACUAGGAACCCCAGAAGAAAUAGAAUCAUUGAAGACCUGUUUUCAUGGGGCUAAGGAAAAUCCAUCCUGUUUGUCCCUAACAGACAAAUUAGAGAAAUAAUGUGAUAUUUCCUCAUAUUUCACUGCAUAUUACAUGCAGAUUAAUGUUCCUUUGGAAAACCAAAAGGUAUACUCCACUUUAGCUUUGUUUAGUUUCUCCAUAUAGAUAAUGUUUUUCCUCACAGGGUGUCCACAAUCAAAUUAAAAGGGUUCUGGUAGUGAUAAAUAUGUGUUGAAGUACCCCAAAUGAAUUGCACUUAAUAAAUAUUUAUGAUAGUUAUAUCGUUCUUUUUUUAACAAAAUCAAACUCAUAUCUGUAGGACAUACGUUUCAUAUAAAGUGUGCAUUUAUUCUACAAAUCAUCUUCUUUAACAUUUUAUUUGACUCCAUUUGCCCUGAUGCUUCUGUACCAUAUUAAAGUAUUUGCAGUUGGAUUAAAGUUUUUCAUAUGUGAUAGAUAAAAUGUGUACAUUUAAUUGGACGCAUUUCUGAAGUUUGCCCAGAAUAGAUCAGUAUUUUGUAUUGUUUAGUCUUAUAUUAAGUGCUCACAUUAUAUAAAACAGAUGUCUAAGGCUGAUUUGGAGUUUGACUCAAAAAAAGUGAAUUACCAAUCGUAAGAGUGCUUUUCUCUGCCGCAUCUCCGCUGCAGGACCACGAUCAUUUACUCCUACCUUUUUAUUCCGCCAUUUCUCAUAGUGCAGUCACCAAUGUUUAAACUUUCUUUUUUAACCUCGACCCACUGCACUAAAAGCGGACUUAAAGGUGCCACAUGAUGUAAAUAUUUUAUUGCCUGGGAUGAGAGCUUUCUGAAGUGAAGCUGAUUAUUGUGUCUGUGAUGAUGAGUGACACCAUUUUGUGUCACAGGGCUAGAUUUGCCAGUGCCUACAAUCCAAUACACAAAAACAUUUUCAUGCAGGCCAGAUAGGGAAUGAUUUAUGACAAUGUCUUCCAAAGGUUUGCUUUCUAACUGAAGUAGUAUUUAAACAUGAAGAUUUCACAAAAUGCUUUCUGGUACUUCUCAAACCUCAGCUGAUGUGACAAAUCAUUAAUUUAGUUUGUGUGAUGCCAAUGUAUGGUUAUAUAUUUUAUGGAUACCGGACAAACAAGUGUAGUGAGUUUUAAUAUCCAAGUUCAUAUAGGAUGAAACUGAUAUUGAAUAUUGAUGUAGUGAUUUUUCUGUAUAAAGCACGUACUGAUGUUUUUAUAUUUUUUCCAAGAUCCAAAUGGCCCACAGCCCAAUCCCCAACCUGAGAAUAAACUCACUGCAUUUGUGCUCACAGAAUCCACUACAAACCUGGCACACAAGUGAUCUGUACAAAAAAAAACUAAUACCUGUUAUUUGUUUUGCAGUGACACCAUUUAUAUGCAGUGACAUCUUUUGAAAUUAUUACAAUUUUAUUCUUAGCAAAGAUUAUACAUUUUUUCUAUUUAAACACAUUUACUGCACUCCUCCAUUUUCCUAACCUGCUAAAUCAACCUCCAGAUUACAUGAUAAGCUACAUAUGAGGUCUCUCUGAAACAACUCUGCCAACAAAACAAAUUUCACUCUUGGAGGAAUAAAAUCAGAGCUGAUUUGUAUUGUUUUUUUCCUUCCAUUUACAUAAGGUUUGAACAUCCGAUGCAUACUUUAGGCUGGGGUAAAUGUAUGUAAAUGAUAUCAAACACAGGGAAACAACAUCGACUAAAUCCAACAUAACAGAUCACUGUGUACACAGACAAACCUCACACCUUAUUAGGAGACAACAUACUGUAUGCAUACUUUUGAUAUUAAUAUGCGUACACAAUCCCAUACAAGAAUAAUUUAUGCAAAGACUUUACUUUUUUGGCAAUAAUGCAGGGGUUAUUUGGGUUUCUAAGGUUCAGGCUGCUGAGGAAAUGCAAACAGUAUGUGAAAGCCUUUAGAGGAGCCUCAUUUUGCCCCACAACACCUGAGCUUUACAGGACAAAUAGAUUUACAUUUGCUUUUGCAAUAGAUGCAUACAUGUGAAUGAAUGUAAUUACAGAUUUAAGAAACUUGACUGUAGACCAAGUCUGACUAAACAAAAUGUGGAGCUUUGCGGUCUCUGGCACUCCUUCGAGCCAUUAUCUGAAAUAAACAAAGUCUCCCAGGUACACAGCAAGGAAGGCCAAACUUAAAAAAUGCCUUUCAGCCUUAUGUUGACGCUGCUGUGGUGCUGUGGAUUUACAGCCUGAUAGUGAGACCAACUAGCCAAAGGUUCAUACCACAGUCUGCACUCAUAAAGGCAACUGAUGUAAGAAAAAGCUCUUAUAUUGUUUUUUAUGACACGAGUAGAUUAACAGUCAAUUUAUUAAAAAGCCUUUUUUGUUUAAGCAGCCCAUAUGGAGACUGUUAGCUGAACAUUCAGUCUUAUAAAAGCAAUAUAUGAUUAAAUUCUCUGUAAACCACCAUGUCUAAGAAGAAAGAAAUGCUGAAAGAAAGGAAUAUUGCAGCCUUCCAGAAAUAGGCCCAUUGCUCACCGACAAGGCUUCUUUGUUUUCAUCCCACUAAUAGGUGGUUCAAAGAAAACCUGCCCUAAUGACCUUUUUAAA